UGCUGCUGCUGGUGGCCAGCGAGACGGGCCAUGUGUACACCUUCGCCACCCGCAAGCUGCAGCCCAUGAUCACCAGCGAGACGGGCAAGGCGCUCAUCCAGACGUGCCUCAACUCCCCCGACUCGCCGCCGCGCUCCGACCCCACCACCGACCAGCGCAUGAGCGCCACGGGCUUCGAGGAGACCGACCUCACCUACCAGGUGUCCGAGUCGGACAGCAGCGGGGAGACCAAGGACGUGCUGAAACCGACCUUCACUGUCACCAACCUGCCCGGGACAACGUCCACCAUCCAGACGGCGCCUACCACCUCGUCCUCCAUGCAGGUCAGCAGCGGCCCCUCGUUCCCCAUCACGAAUUACCUGGCGCCAGUGUCUGCCAGCAUCAGCCCCAGUGCCGUCACCAGUGCCAACGGGACAGUGCUGAAGACUACUGGAGCCAGUGCAGUGACAUCCGGGGGCCUCAUGCAGAUACCCACCGGCUUCACCCUCAUGUCAGGUGGCACCAUGGCUCAGCAAGUCCCUGUCCAGGCGAUCCAGGUGCACCAGGCACCGCAGCAAACGUCUCCCUCCAGUGACAGCAGCACUGACCUUACUCAGACCUCUCCCAGUGGAACAGUGACCCUCCCAGCGACCAUCAUGACGUCGUCUGUGCCAACCACCGUGGGUGGCCACAUGAUGUACCCCAGCCCGCACGCGGUGAUGUACGCACCCACCUCUGGCCUUGCGGAUGGUGGACUUGCAGUCCUCAAUGCUUUCUCGCAGGCACCCUCAGCAAUGCAGGUGUCCCACAGCCAGGUCCAGGAUCAGGGUGGCGUCCCCCAGGUGUUCCUGACAGCCCCAUCAGGCACCGUUCAGAUCCCAGUCUCAGCUGUCCAGCUUCACCAGAUGGCUGUCAUUGGGCAGCAGAGCAGCAGCGGCAGCAGCCUGACGGAGCUGCAGGUGGUCAACUUGGACACCUCACACAACGCCAAGAGUGACUGAGAGGCCUCUGCCGCUGGCCUUGUGCCGUCCCCGGCUUGUCAUGCUGGGGCUGGCAGCAACUCUCUCGUACAGACUGCACCAGUUAUUUAUUGUUGCCUUUUCACGUUUCCUUCAUCCACACAUGCACACACACACGCACCCACCCACACACACAGCAUGCAAGGGGCUGCAGGACCCGCCUGGGGAGAAGCUGUGCUGAGGCCGUGCAGGGCUGGGGGCCGAUGGGAUGCUCGUCUCUCGCCAGCCAAAGAAGCUUGUCUCUUGAGGGGAGGGUGUGCUCCGUGCUGUACAUAAAUCCUGGGGGCCUUUCCCAGCUGGAGGCCCUGGACCCUUAGGGGUGCUCACCCCAUCUGUGGGUGUUUGUGUGGGGCUGGGGCCUGGAGCUGUCCUGCAGAGCUGCACAGGCCUCAGCAAUGUGCCUUUGUGGGGGGGAUGGGUCCUGGCUGCGGCAGCUCUCCCUGGCCUCUGCAGGGAGCAAGCAGCUUACUUGGACGUGUAUCUCUGGUUGGGCCUGGUGUAUGGCCCCAGCCUCCUCACGUGCACUACAGCAAGGCCUCUGCCCUCAGUGCCUCCUUGCUGGGCUGCCUGGUGGGUUGGCAGCUGCAGCACUCAGUGGGUGCCCAGCAGUUCAGCAAGGCCCUGGGGGAGGGGGGGGCUUUGCUGCCAGCCCAGUCCUGUGCUCCCAUCUUGGCCUCGUGCUGCUUGUGGACUCCGUAUGCCCAAGGGGGGACGUGACUGGAUCUCUUCCGCAUCCCUCUGCUGCAGCUCCAGCCACCGCUUUCUAAAUUUUCUGAUGCAAGGUGGAGAAGCAACUCCAGUGCCAAAGGGAAGAGUCCGUGGGGCACUGAGCUGCUGGUGGGCAGCAUGCUCCUCCUGGGAGCACCGGGGCUGGAGGAGCCUCAGCAGGGCCGUGGGAGAAGGACUGGAGUGUGCUUGGUCCUGCAUGGGAGCUGCUCCCUGGCCCUGCAGGGAGAGCGAGCGAGCAAGGAGCUGCUGCAUCCUUAGGGAAAGGAGCAGCUACUGUAACUUCUUUUUUUAAGUUAAAGACAAAAGAAGCCUUGGGGGGGAAAAAAGAGAAA